GGAGGAAGAGAAGGAGGAAGAGGAGGAGGAGGAGGGGGAGGAAGAGGAGAAAGGCGCAGGGGUGGGAGCUGUUGCCGAAGCUGCCACAGCAAAAGUUCUCCCCCCUCCCCCCUUCCCCUCCUCUUAAGGCCCCUAGAAAGGUUGAAGCUGCCGCCGUCUGCAAUCGGUGACCGCGCGACUCGGCACCCGCCCGCGGAUAGAGGGAGGAAUCAACAGCUUGGAAAUUCGGCCAAGUGAUCUGGCGGGAUGGGCAUUUGCCUGACCUAUUUUGUAGAGGAAUUGGAUGGCAUAAGUGAUUGAAUGGUAUUGAGGGUCUCUGAAGCCUAUGAAAGGUAGAAACUCAACCAUGAUUUCUUUUUCAACUCUACAGCAUUCCCUUCCUUGAAGUCUUCAUUUUUACGUUAGUCUCAGGCAGUUAUACUUAAGCAUGAACAUUGACGACAAACUGGAAGGAUUAUUUCUUAAAUGUGGCGGCAUAGACGAAAUGCAGUCUUCCAGGGCAAUGGUUGUAAUGGGUGGAGUGUCUGGCCAGUCUACUGUGUCUGGAGAGCUGCAGGAGUCAGUUCUUCAAGAUCGGAGUAUGCCUCACCAGGAGAUCCUUGCUGCAGAUGAAGUGUUACAAGAAAGUGAAAUGAGACAACAGGAUAUGAUAUCACAUGAUGAACUCAUGGUCCAUGAGGAGACAGUGAAAAAUGAUGAAGAGCAGAUGGAGACACAUGAAAGACUUCCUCAAGGACUACAGUAUGCACUUAAUGUCCCUAUAAGUGUAAAGCAGGAAAUUACUUUUACUGAUGUAUCUGAGCAACUGAUGAGAGACAAAAAACAAAUCAGAGAGCCAGUAGACUUACAGAAAAAGAAGAAACGGAAACAACGUUCUCCUGCAAAAAUCCUUACAAUAAAUGAGGAUGGAUCACUUGGUUUGAAAAGCCCUAAAUCUCACGUUUGUGAGCACUGCAAUGCUGCCUUUAGAACGAACUAUCACUUACAGAGACAUGUCUUCAUUCAUACAGGUGAAAAACCAUUUCAAUGUAGUCAAUGUGACAUGCGUUUCAUACAGAAGUACCUGCUACAGAGACAUGAGAAGAUUCAUACUGGUGAAAAACCAUUUCGCUGUGAUGAAUGUGGUAUGAGAUUCAUUCAAAAAUAUCAUAUGGAAAGGCAUAAGAGAACUCAUAGUGGAGAAAAACCCUACCAGUGUGAAUACUGUUUACAGUAUUUUUCCAGAACAGAUCGUGUACUGAAACAUAAACGUAUGUGCCAUGAAAAUCAUGACAAAAAACUAAACAGAUGUGCCAUCAAAGGUGGCCUUCUGACAUCCGAGGAAGAUUCUGGCUUUUCUACAUCACCAAAAGAUAACUCACUGCCAAAAAAGAAAAGGCAGAAAACUGAGAAAAAAUCAUCUGGGAUGGACAAAGAGAGUUCUUUGGACAAAUCUGACCUGAAGAAAGACAAAAAUGAUUACUUGCCUCUUUACUCUUCAAGUACUAAAGUAAAAGAUGAGUAUAUGGUAGCAGAGUAUGCUGUUGAAAUGCCGCAUUCUUCAGUUGGGGGAUCGCAUUUAGAAGAUGCAUCAGGAGAAAUACAUCCACCUAAGUUGGUUCUCAAAAAAAUUAAUAGUAAGAGGAGUCUGAAACAGCCGUUGGAGCAAAAUCAAACAAUUUCGCCUUUAUCCACAUAUGAAGAGAGCAAAGUUUCAAAGUAUGCUUUUGAGCUUGUGGACAAGCAAGCUUUACUGGACUCAGAAGGCAAUGCUGACAUUGACCAGGUUGACAAUUUGCAAGAGGGGCCUAGUAAACCUGUGCACAGUAGCACUAAUUAUGAUGAUGCCAUGCAGUUUUUGAAGAAGAAGCGAUAUCUUCAGGCAGCAAGUAAUAAUAGUAGGGAGUAUGCGCUGAAUGUGGGUACCAUAGCUUCUCAGCCUUCUGUAACACAGGCAGCUGUGGCAAGUGUCAUUGAUGAGAGUACCACAGCAUCCAUAUUAGAUUCACAGGCACUGAAUGUGGAGAUAAAGAGUAAUCAUGACAAAAAUGUUAUUCCAGAUGAGGUACUGCAGACUCUGUUGGAUCAUUAUUCUCAUAAAGCGAAUGGACAACAUGAGAUAUCAUUCAGUGUUGCGGACACUGAGGUGACUUCUAGCAUAUCAAUAAAUUCUUCCGAAGUACCUGAGGUUACCCAGUCGGAGAAUGUUGGAUCAAGCUCCCAAGCAUCCUCAUCAGAUAAAGCCAACAUGUUGCAGGAAUACUCAAAGUUUCUGCAGCAGGCUUUGGACAGAACUAGCCAAAAUGAUGCCUAUUUGAACAGCCCGAGCCUUAACUUUGUGACCGAUAACCAGACCCUUCCAAAUCAGCCAGCAUUCUCUUCCAUAGACAAGCAAGUCUAUGCAGCCAUGCCCAUCAAUAGCUUUCGAUCAGGAAUGAAUUCUCCACUAAGAACAACUCCAGAUAAGUCCCACUUUGGACUAAUAGUUGGUGAUUCACAGCACUCAUUUCCCUUUUCAGGUGAUGAGACAAACCAUGCUUCUGCCACAUCAACACAGGACUUUUUGGAUCAAGUGACUUCUCAGAAGAAAGCUGAGGCUCAGCCUGUCCACCAAGCUUACCAAAUGAGCUCUUUUGAACAACCCUUCCGUGCUCCAUAUCAUGGAUCCAGAGCUGGAAUAGCUACUCAGUUUAGCACUGCCAAUGGACAGGUGAACCUUCGGGGACCAGGGACAAGUGCUGAAUUUCCAGAAUUUCCCUUGGUGAAUGUAAAUGAUAAUAGAGCUGGGAUGACAUCCUCACCUGAUGCCACAACUGGCCAGACUUUUGGCUAAAAAAAAUGUGUAAAUAAUACUGGCACUUUAGAACAGAUUAAUCAAGAGUGGGGUUACUCUGUGAAAAAUGGAGUGCUGUACAGAUUUAAGAGCAAUGCGUUAAAACAAGUUAAGCUGAUAUGAAUAGCAAGAUAAUCCAAUAACUGCAUUUUGUUUGGUUAGUCAGCAUUCUUUGAACUGCCUUACAUGUUGUCACCUUUAUAGAAGCAAUGCAUUACUUGUUUUAGAUCAGAAACUUGCUAUUCCACCUACACCAAGUUUAAAAGGAAAAAAAAGACUUUCGCACAAUUGUUUCCUAACUGAUAAUAUUGUACAUUUUUAGGAGAUUAGUAAUUGUGUGAAAUUUACUCAUACUGUUUCUAAGUUUUUCAGCAUAGUCAUGGCACUUCAGCAGGGAAUCUGAAUAUACUUUAUAGACAGAGUGAACUUAAAAGUUUAAAUGUCAAGAGAUUAUGGCUUAAAAAAAUUAGUGUGUCCUAUAGGGGGAAAAAAGGAAACCACCUUUUAAAAAGAAUGAUAUGCCAUAUACCCUUGAUUUUCAUUUUGCAUUAUAUUGACAUUUUUUUUUUGAGAAAAAAGUAAUAAAAAUCUGAUAGUCUAAGACUCCACUAUUUAAAAGCCUAAUUACUUUAAAAAUAUGCAUACUUUCAAAACUUUUACCAAAAUACAUAACUGUUGAAGCAUUCACUUCUCUAUGGAAGUAUGCAUAUUGGUGUCAGUUUCUUUGUACAGUUGUACCUAGAUAUUUUUUAUGAUUUUUCAUGUGCAAGUAUCAAGGUUUUGAAGUUUUAGUAAAAAGAUAUUCUGUAGAUUACAUUCCCAAGAACAUAAUGCUUAUACAAAAUGUAUAUUCCACAUUUUAAAGCUUAAUUGUAUUUUACUUUACAUAUACACUUCAGUUAACAUAGAGCACUUAGAAUCUAUUUGGUAUUUUUGAUUUCUCAAAGUAAAAAAAAAAAUUUAGAUUUUUAGGUUUGAUAUGGUUGUGUCAUAAUCAUCUCAUAAUUGAAAAUUUUAAUUUUUGGCAAUAAAAGGAAAUUGGAUAUCUUUGGAACUGUAAAACCUGGUUUAAUCCUUCUCUUUCUAGAAUCUUGAUAGAUUGGAUAAUUAAACAGUAUCCAGAGAAACUAAAGAAAUGGGCAUUUUAAUUGCUUAUUUUAUCUUGAGUUACUUUUUAAUGAACACUGCUCAUUACAAUUUUACAAACCAAGAGUGUUUACUAAUUCUAGUAACUACAGUUUCUUUUUCAGCUAGAUGAGUGAUCGGAAACUUUUUGUUGCAUUUCAAAAUCUAAAUAAACUACAGACUUUAUCCUUAAUCCACGAAUGUUUUUUUUUUUUAAUUCUUUGUCUUAAAAUAAUACAGCAUGGUACAAUAAAUAGUGCUUUUAUAUAUAUACAUAUUAUAUAUAUACUUUUCUAAAGAAUGAUGGUUUGAGUUACACAUUGGACAGUUUUAAUUUUUGGAAAGUAACAUUAGUUAUAUUGAUUUUAUUAUCCUGUUUAAUUUCUUCCACCUUUUUGGUUUUUUAUUUUAAAUUUCCACCAUCUUUGUCACAAUGCACACGUACUGAUAUAGCACCAGUGAUAAUCUAAAAUUAAAACCCUUGGAAGAUGCAACUUUAUUGUUAAUUUCCAUUUUAACUUUUGUAUUGGCCUUAUAGAUCUGCAGUCUUUGUUUCAGUAUAGAAUGUUAUACAUUUAAAUUAUUUUUUUCUUUUAUUUAAUGUUAUCCCAAGACUGUUCUCAUAAAGAAAGGGAACAAAGAAAUACCUACCCUUAACAUUUUUUGCAUUUAUUUUGAAUAUAUGGUGUUUUUAUGAUAAGGAAUAUAAAUUAUGUUUAAUAUGGGUUUCCUCUACACUUUGGUUAUUAAACUUUGCUUGAAAUAUUUUCCCAUUUGACAGCUUUCUUUGCUGCCAAAUUUUUCAAGAAUUUUAGACUUCUUUGAAGUAGAUAUUGAAGUUCUGCCAUUAUUGACUCUUAAGAAUGGUGUGUCUUGCGUUGCACAUUACAACCUCAAGAAGGCUUCAUUCAGGCAAGAUGUUAACAAUGGAACUGUGCUCUCCCUAGGUAUAGGCAUUUUUGUUUUUCUCAUACUACUAUUGGAUGAUGGUAGGCAUUUAUUUUGUUUUUUUGUUUUUGUUUUGAGCCUGGUUAGAAUUUCUGUUCUGUUGAGAACUUGGUACAGAAUAAGGUUUUUUGUUUGUGUUAACAUCACCAGCACAGUUUUUAGAAUGUGGCUCUACUGCUGAGCAGUAAGCUAAGGAGGGAAGGCCUUUGAAAGUGGCAGUCAUGCAAGCAGUUCAGGUGUUUAAUUCCUGUGUUCACCACAUUUCUUUACAUCUACAUAAUGGCAGACUUUUCUACCACAUUAUAAGCAUAUUUUGAGAUAAAUGAUACUUCGGCAUAAUUUACUGACUUACCACUUUUUAAGUAUAGUCAUUGCUCUCUUACUGUGAAAUUCUACAUGCCUACCAGAGUUACCUUGUAUUAUCAUCAUAUGAUAAACAUCUCAGCAGUUUGGGUUUCCCCACUUUGGUUCAGAAAGUUACUUAAUUUCUAUCUGGGCAUUAAUAGAGAAAGCAAGUAGCCUUUUGUGCUGCUUUAAAUCAAUAUUGAGGAUAUCCUUUUGCAAUUUUUUUUUCAUUUCUCUUGGUGAGCAAAUUGUUCUAUGAAAACAUACUCUUACACCCUUAAACUUGGCAGUGUGAGUGAGGUGUGCUUUCUUAGGACCUGUUCUCAUGUUUGAAGAUUGGAAACAGAUCACAUUAGAUGAAGUAAUAUCUCUUGAACAUCUUCUAAAAGCGUGGUUUUUUUUUUUAAACUUAUUGCACACAUAUUUCAUUUGGUUCAGAAUAUUUGAAGUGGCUCUUAAACUUUUUGGAUCUACUUGCAGAUUUUCUAGUUGAUACCAUAGAAAUCCAUCCUAAUUUUAGCUCUGGCUGAGUGAGGACUGUCCAUGGUCGGGUAAUUUUUCUCGUUUUGAGAGGCAAAAGAGGCCUUGUGCUCAGGGUAGGCUUUCAUUUCCACAGGCCAGAGAAACUUGCAAAGUGCCAGCUAGGUUAGAUCUUUUGCCACUUCUUUCAUUUUAUUAAUUUGGGUUUUUAAAGGGCUGUUAAAAAAAAAAAAAAAAAGCCGGGAAACUUAAAAGUAGGCAUUACUGUAAAACUACAUUUCUUAGACUUAGAACAUUUUAAACUAGAACUCGUUUUUUCACAGUAUAUUUACUUGAAGAAGCACUAUUAUAAUCAAUGAGAAACUUUUUGACUCUGCAAUUUAAUUUAAACAUUUUCCGUUUCAAAUUGCUUUAUUUCAGGGAAAUAAUUUUCCAGUUGUUUUUGCUAUAUUCUGCAAAUAAAAAAACGUAUGUUUCCUUUUUCACUUAAACUUUGGUAGGAAACAAACUAAAGCAGACAAACAUUUCUUGUUGUGUUUGUUGCUUUCUUUAAUCCAAUGGAUAAAAAAGUAAAACCCUGUAAACAUUAUUUUAUUUUUUUAUGCAAUACCAUGCUGUAAAUAUGGUUCAUCAAAUAAGGAUGUACCUAUGAUUGAAUCUUUAAUUCUGCACAGUUAGAGUUUAUAUAUAAACGUGUCUUGACAAUCAAGGACUUUUAUGUGAGUCUUCCUUUAUGAUGUUUAUUAAUGUUAUGCAUUCCAUUUGUUUUGAAGUGAGUACCAAUGUGCUAAUUUGUAUUGUCUGAAAGUAUGUAAUGUUUUUACAGCUUGUUUUUAAGAAUCUGUAAAUAUGUACAAACAAAUCACAGUACUGCUUUAUGUUAGAAGGCAUAUGAUGUUGUACUGUAUGUAAGCAAUAAUACAUAGCAGUGCUAACUUUACAAGUAGCAUCAGGAAAGUUCUAAAAACAUUUCAGAGUUAUUAAUUAUCUUUAUUUCAUUUAAUAAUGAUUAUCUUUAAUCAGUUUUUAUAAGCAAAUUCCAUUGUUCCUCCUAUUGGAACGUAACACUGUUUACACAGCAUAAUUGAAGUUGCAGGGGAGACAGGCUAAAUCUGCCUUCAUCUGUAUUCACUUUCACUAAGCAUUGAAUGGCCUUACCACUCUUCUGCAAGAUGGAGGAAGACUGCAAAACUUAGUGCCCAUCACACUGAAGGAAGGGGGUGUGUUUUUUUGCCUGCUUCUGUACUGCUACCUAACUUUGUGGUUUGCUUUGGAUUUUAAUAUUUGUUUCUGUUUUAGAUUCAAGCCCAUAAGUUUUGAGGUGACUUCAGCUCCAUUGUGAAGUAGUUCUCUUCAUAUUUCAUAGCUACAUUUCAAUAAUUCUAAACUUUCUACUUUGAUUUUUAGAUACUUAUUUUUCAACCUUGAUUUCUCAGCUGAUCAGAUGAAUUUAUUCAACUUCAAUACAAAGAAAGACAAACCUAUUGUAGUUUGAUUUGAGUAGAUAUUAUACUGUACAGAACAGCUAACUAUUUGAACACACACAUCACUGCUUUAGAAAUAAAACCGCCAAUUUAUAAAUGUAUAUGACCUACAUUUUAUAGGAAAAAUGUUUUUAAAUGCUAGUCAUUUAUAUAAUGUGCUUUGAAGGAUUUGCUAGUCCACUUCUGUCACUUUUUAGUACACUGGUAUCUUUUAUAUGUAAUGUAUGCUUUUUAUUAUUGUAGCAGAGCAUUUCAGUAGAAAGAAUUUUGCAACAAUAUGGGGGAAAUUUUUCAUUGUUGGAUUUGAAUUAUACUGGAUUUUAUCUGUGUAGUCUUACUUGUCUUUAUUUUAAUGCUGUCUGGAAGGGAACUUGGUAUCCAAAUAAAGCAGGUAACCUCAUUUUACUUCAAGGGGCAUACUGUGUAGUGCUGAAUUUAAUCUGGAAAUCUGAUGAUUUUGAAAAGAAAAACAAGUUUAUAAAAAUUGUACAGAAGAAAUUAAAUGUAAUGGAAAUCCUGAUGGUGGAGCACGUUGAAUUUUCUGAUAUAUAGUGUUAUUUUCCUGGGAUCCCCUAUGCCUUCUUUGUAUUUCAACUAAUAAAGGAAAAACCUUGUCAUUGAAACUGGUAGGAUAAUAGGAUAUUCUGAAUAUACAGUAUUACUUUUCCUAUCCCAUUUUCUGACCCUUUCUCAAUCACUGUAAAUUUUAUUUUCUAUUUCCUAUUGAUAAUUAAACAUGUACAUAAUAUAGA